AUGAAUGACGGUCGCGAUGCUGUGUUUAAUCGCGGGGUGCUCCAUGCGGAGGCCAGUGCGAACACCCACUCUAUGAACAGCGCGACGUCUCUCGUGCCUCACAAACCAAUGCCUUCGGCCAAGAUGAAAUCCACACAAUUGCCGCAACCAUUGUCACUACAAAUAGAUGGCUUGAACGCCGUUACCCUCGCUCACGGCGAGGGUAACCCGAACCCAGCCUAUAUCGAAUCGUCGGAGCGCGGCAGCGAUACAUCGGGCGAUGGCCGACGACCAGACCUUUCCGCUAGCACCGUUACAGAUUCUCUUUCCAGCAUUCCUUCAUCGUCGACCAAUGGUUAUAAUAGUCAGUCGACAGAGUUCGGUAACUCUCAUACAUUGAAUGGACAUACAUCGAUACCCUGGUUGGACGAAGAGUUAUUGGAAACCCAACUCGCCCCGCCCAUGCAGCCGGUGAAUGGAGGUGCCUCAGUAGAUCGAUGGCAACCCUCAUUAUCGCCGAUCAAAGCCGGCAAUGUUUCAAUAUCACCGCCUGCAUCGCCAAAGCAUUCGCGCACAAGGUCGAACUUUGAUGCUCGCUUGGCCCCAAGCCAGAAACGGACAGCGGCCGGCGACUUCAAAUCCACGUUAGAUCCCCCAGCUCACAGUGCCGACGUGAAUCGAGCUGCACGACGACGUUCGAAGAGUACGGGCUCGUCAGCUUAUGGAAGCAGGAUUGCACAGUUGUCGGUCCAUAUCCGUACACGUCUAUCGUAUGCAGCCGCCAAAGUAGAACAGGCCCGACAGUCGCGUGAAGCUACCCCUCAAACCGCAUUGCGAACACACAACAGCAGGUCGCCAUUGAGCCCGCCGGCACCAAGUGAUACCGCAUCAUUACCGGCGGGAAACUCCAGGCCUUUUUCACAAGAUUCACAAACAUCCUCCAACGGAAACUCCCAUCAUUUCCCGAGCCAUAACCGCUCGCGAUCAGCAUUCUCAUCUAAUCAAUUCCUUCCAAUUCCCAAGCUAGCACCGCCUGUGGAUAUCAUCUCAUCAAAUGGUCAUAACCAGCGCCGUCGACCGAAUCCUAACGCAAUCUCCAAACCUUCAAACCACAGCCCUAUCUCCCGCCACCGACGCCACCAUUCACACCAAGAGAACGGACUCAUCCGACCACUCGACGGACAAGCAGUCCUAGGGCCAGAGACGCCCUCGCUUUCGUCAUCUCACACAUACGCACCGACAUCCACACCGAACGGGUUCUACAGACCCCGCACUCACUCCCAAAACACACUGAUGGAACAAGACGCCAUCGAAACCCUGAUGUUCAUGUCCAGCCCUGAGAACUCGGGGUAUCGUUUCAGUCCUCGCCCGCUGCAACCAGCGAGCACGCAAAGCAGCCUGAACGAGUCGACCAACGCUUCCAGCAAUGGAGGGUAUCACGAUGGUAGCCAGGGCUCCCAAAGCUCCGAGUCUCACAAUGGUCAUGAACUCCGAAGAAAGCCAGAGCUAGAAGCUCAUGCUGGUGAUGAUAUUGAUCGCCUUUUGGAUCAAAUGGAUAGUGAUAGCGAGGAUGAGGAUCGGUACGCAUCGUAUCGAUCUGGAAUUAAUGGUGCGCAUCCAUUCAGAGGGCACCAACAUCCGAGGUAA